CCGUCGUGCGUAAAAGAUCGCGAAUUUCUUUGCUUACAUYGAUCGGGAUUAUAUUGUCGAGAUGGAGGAAUUUUGACCCUUUCUUGGGUAUCCAGCGAAGAUAUCACAGAGUCUAAGCUCUGGACUCAAGAAUGGCGAAGUGGGACUCACGGAAUUUAGAAAUCCGGAGUAAAUCUGUUGAACAGACUUUGAUUCCGUUAGUGACACAGAUCACUACUUUGGUGAAUCACAAGGACCACUGCAAGAAAUCAGAGAAGGGAAGACGAGCUAUAAGAGAAGUCGGAGAGAUUGUCAAAAAUGCUGUGCUUAAGUUUGUCACUGUAGGAGAACAAAUAGCUAAAGAAAAUGAAGAUGUUGCAGCUGAAAUGAAAGAAGCUUGUGAGGAAGCAAAAAAGGCCGGUGAGGUGAUCUCGCGUUUGACCUCAGAAACAGCAAUGGCUCCCGCCACAACUGAUAAAGACGAUGGAAUUCCAUUUGAAAAGACUGCAAUGGUUCGAGCAGCUCGUUCCCUUCUAUCUGCAGUCACUAGGGUACUAAUCAUAGCAGAUUCAAUCAUGAUAAAAAGACUUCUUGCUGUCGUAAAAAAGGUUGACGAACGGUUAGCAAACCUGGAAACUGUGAACUCCUUCACAGAGUUUGUGCAGACGUUUAGUCAGUUUGGUGCUGAAAUGGUCGAACUAGCACAUGUCUCAGGUGACAGACAAAAUGAUUUAAAAGAUGAUGUUUUACGUGCUGAGAUGUGCUGUGCAAGAUCUGUUCUAGAAAAAUCAACAAUGAUGCUCUUAACAACAUCAAAGACAUGUCUGCGGCAUCCAGGUUCAAUGGCAGCAAAAUCCAAUCGUGAUGGAGUAUUUCAAAAAAUGAAAGAAGCUAUAGAAACAAUCAAACUAGUGACUGAAGAUAAGCAUAAAAAAAGAGAAAACAAAGACCCAUGUUUUGCAAUGGACCUUAAACAUUUUGAAAACUCGUUAGAAGAAUUCAGGAAGAGUUCCCCUGGACAAACAGAAGCUAAGAUUAAAUUUGAACAAGGACUGGAAAAAAUCUUGCUGGAUGUGCAACCAUUUAUUAACUCUUCACAUACAAGAAAAGAAAAGAGAGAGACAAUCAUUGCCUUGUGUGAGAAUGCACAGGAUAUAAUGAAAGAUGUUAUAGAAAAACACUCCGAAAAUGAGGUUCCAGCAAGACGCAGCAGCUGUGCUGAUUCAUUAGACCUUGCUCUUCAAAGAAUAUUCAAGAUCUCAAGUGACCUUAAAAAUGAGGUUCGCCAAGUGGCUAUGGAUCAAGUAUUUGAGACCUUUUCACAUCAAGGACAUAAGAAGUCUCUGCCUGCGCUGCGGAAUGCUGCAGCAAUUGGUGAUACCACCAAUGUUGAGCAGGCAGCCACUGCAUUCAUGCAAGAUGCGAAACGACUAGAAGAGGUUUCUCAAGUCACAAGAAACAUAUCUUCAAAUGAAGCUGUGUCGAUCACAGCGAGAAAUAUCGAAGAAAAUAUCAAAACUUUGUGUCAGCAGGUCAUAGCGGCAGCCAAAACUCUUUCUGCUCAUCCUGUCAGUAAAAUUGCUCAAGARAACAUGGAUGUGUUUAUCGACAUCUGGGAAGGACAGGUUGAAGAGUUAGGCAAGUUGUUAAGAGGAAUAACCACUGGUGGAGAUCUUAGUAAAACUGGAAACCAAAACGAUGGAGAAAACAGCGGCGAUGAAAAGCGCGACAAAGAAAAAGAAACACGUCACGUCAAGCAAGAAGGACACGAAAAAACGAGAAUUGAUAAAAUGCUGAAUAAGAAAUGGGAUACACUUGUUUCUCAUCCCAUUCCUUUGUACAGCACUUUCUCAACCACUUUAUAUGUAACCAGAAAGGAUGAAGAGAAGUUAGUGCGCAUGGCAUCGAAUGUCAAUCUAUUGACGUCACAACUCGAACUGAAUAAACUUUCUGAAUCAGAAAACGAGAUAGUACGGCAAGCGAUGGAGAUGUCCAAGAUGAUUUGCGAUUUGUAUUUAUUUACCAGGGGCGAGGGACGUCUACUCGAGGCUGAAGACUUCUUUAACGCUGCACAGGAUUUUGCAGAAGCUGGAAAAGUACUACAUAAGGUUGCUAGGCAACAUGCAAUAAAGGUAGAUGAUAGCAUACCAAAAAAGGAGCUCUUGCGUCACGCCGACAGAUUACUAACCUACUGCCAGCAAUUGAUAUUCACUGCUACUUCACUUACUGUAGGACAGUCAGCAUGUUAUAAAAAGAUAUGGGCAGUGAUGAAUCUAACGAAACACAUCAUCAAGUUGGUGGCGAGGGUUGUCAACAGAUGUUAUGUGGUUGGCGAGAAGAACUCCCCUCUAAAGCUUCCUCCCGACCAAAGACUAUGGCAAAUCGACGAAAACAUCUUUUCCGAAGGAUCUUCCGUCGCGACUUCGCGAAAAUCUUCCGUUCAAAAUUUAGAAGACAAUCUUCCUAACUGGAUGACCGACGACCUAUACCAAGAAAACAAGCCAACAGCAGAAGGCGAUCGACCAACUUUGAGGACAGAACUGUAAUAAUGAAUUUUUGAUCCCUUGUUCUUUUAGGAGCCUACAGAGUAUGUGCACCCAUGUUACUCACAAUCCCUUGAGAUGUGAACAACAAGGAAACAGCCGCCAUCUUGGUUGACGCAACAAGAGAAGCUAAUGAGGAAUGCUUUGUUAUCGUCAACCAAGAUGGCGGUUAUGACGUUACAUGCACCUGCUCUAUUACUAGGAUCCAUUGUGAAACUUUAAACUUCUUUAAAUUCAGUCAACUCUUUAAUUUAUAUAUUUAAGUGCUAUUAUAGAGUGUAACCUUGAUAGCCUUGAUGUCCGAAUUGUUCUUUAUAUAUCGAGGGAAGAAAUAACUCUAGAUGUUUUUAUCGACUGCGCAUGCUCUCUACAUGUGUAUAGCUGUGGACCAAUAAAACCUGUUUAUAAACCUGUUUUUAGCCUGCAAUGCUUCAUACCAUGUAGAAAAUUAGGAAAAUUCACGUUUACAUUUGAACAUCCGAACGCAGGUCACAGAAUAAGAUCGUUUGACGAUUGCAUUUUUUUUCAAAAUUACGCAAAAAUAUUAUUAUAGCGUUGCUAGGCAACCACGGAGCAUGCGCGGUAAUAAAAAUAAGGGUGAAUCUUCUCCUGAUGCGAAGAAUAAAUAGGAUUCUAUAAACUGGAUAAAAGACUGCCCACACCAAUGUAUAUUAUUAAUUUAUUUAUAGCCCGUUUUGUGGAAUGUAUUUUAUGGUCUUAAAAAACCAUAUCUUGUUUUAUUCUAGAGUAAUAUACAUGCAUUAAAAAUCAUUUAAGUGAU